AUGGAUGAUCCUUGCUACAACUACAAUGUGCUGGAUGAUCCUCGAAGAGCCACCAACAAUAAAUAUUCCUCUCAAAUAAUGUGUGACUGUGAGGUCAACUGGAACGGUUGGUACCGUCUCUUCAUUCAGGGUCAGAGCGUUCAGAUGCCAGACACAUGUGUUGAUCAGGACAGCUGUGGCACUCAUGCACCACUGUGGCUGAAUGGAGGACAUCCAACAAUUGGAGAUGGAGUGGUCACUCGAGGUGUCUGCGGUCACUAUGACAAUGACUGCUGCUCUUUUCUGUCCAAUCCCAUUAAAGUCAAAGCAUGUCUGGGAGAUUAUUAUGUCUAUGAGUUUGUGAAACCAGCUUUCUGCUUUUUAGCAUAUUGUGCAGAAGUAAUGAACAUCAACACCACUUAUACUGUCACAACUACAAUUACGACUGCAGUUCCUCCUGUUGACCCCUGCUAUGACUACAAUGUACUAGAUAAUCCAUGGAGAGCCACCAACAAUCAAUAUACCUCUGAAAUAAUGUGUGACUGUGAGGUUAGCUGGGAUGGCUGGUACCGUCUCUUCAUUCAGGGUAUUAGCGUUCAGAUGCCAGACACAUGUGUUGAUGAGUAUAGCUGCAGCACUCAUGCUCCACUGUGGCUGAACGGAGGACAUCCAACAGUUGAGGAUGGAGUGGUCACUCGAGAUGUCUGCGGUCACUGGGACAAUAACUGCUGCUAUUUCCAAUCCAAUCCCAUUAAAGUCAAAGCCUGUCCAGGCAAUUAUUUUGUUUAUGAGUUUGUGAAACCAGCUUUUUGCUCUUUGGCAUACUGCGCAGAUAUUGGGAAGAACAACAUUUCCUAUACUACUACAAUGAUAGAAACAACCUCAACGAAUACAACAACUGAAACCACAACAAUAGAAAGUACCACCACAGACACCACAACUGAGAUCAAAACAACAGAAGGCACCACCAUUCCAGAAAGUACUACCCCAAAGAUCACAACAACAGAAAGCACCACCACUGGUACCACAACUCCAGAAAGCACCACAGUGACAGAAAGUACAAUCACUGCCACAACCACAAAAGAAAGCACAACAGAGACCACAACAAUAGAAAGUACGACCACUGGAACCACAACUGAGAUUACAACAACAGAAGGCACCACCUCUCCAGAAAGUACUAUCACAAAGACCACAACAACUGAAAGAACCACCCCAGGUACUACAACUUCAGACAGUAAAACAAUGGAAAUGACAACUACAGAAAGCACCACAAUAGACACUACAACAACAACAAAAGAAAGCACCAACACAGGCACCACAACACCAGAAAGCACAACAACUGAAAACACAAGAAUAGAAAGUACCACCACUGGCCCCACUAUUCCAGAAAGUACAACAAUGGAGACCACAAAAACAGAAAGAAUCACCCCCGGCACAACAACUGAGGCCACGACAAUAGAAAGUACCACCAAAACAGAGAACACAAUGACAGAAGGCAUCACCACUACAGAAAGUAUUACAACAGAAACCACAACAACAGAAAGCACCACAACCGAUAACAUAACUCCAGAAAGCACCACAGUGACAAAAAUUACAACCACUGGCACAACCACUCCAGAAAGCAGAACAACGGAAACAACAACAACAACAACAGAAACACCACAAUGA